GAAGCAACGCCCGGCUCUCGCGAGUGUAAAGAAGCGCGGCAUUAAGGGUCGGCUUCCCCGUAACCAUAGUGACGCGGCAGGCGUCAGAGGCGAGUUCCGGAGAAGUCGGGCUGGACUGCAGGCUGAUAACGGAAACACUUCCAGAGAUGCCCUCCAACACCUCCAGAGAUGGCCACACAAGUGAUAUAGUUGUGGAGAGAUACCUGGUUGAGUCUCAGAAGUCUGCAGCUCACGCUCCACUUGCCUGCAGCGCACAGCACUGUGCUUUUCCUUUAGAUGGGAACCGUCUCUGUGUGUGGAGCCCUUCUCACCAGCUUCUCAUCCUACAAGGACACCAUCAGUUGAUUACUGCUGUGGUUUUUGGAAAUCAAGCAGAUCCACUUCAACUCUGCUCUGCAUCACAGGAUUAUAUUAUACUGUGGAAUGUGGUUGAAUGCAGAGAAAAGACACUAGAAGGACUGACUCCUCGAGGGACUAUUCUGGGAUCCCUUCUACAAAAAGUGUUGUGUUUGAGAUUUAGUCUGGAUGAUCGUGCUGUUGCAGUGUGUGUUGGAAAUAAAAUCUCUGUGCUGGAUGUAGAGAAGCAGUCUGUGCUGGUGGAGCUGCAGGGCCAUCAAGGCUCAGUGACAGCAGUGGAGUUCUGUCCCUGGCAAGCACACACCCUCAUCUCUGUAUCUGAAGACAGAAGCUUUAAGGUCUGGGACUAUUGUGAGGGAUCCUUGAUAUACAGCUCAUCCAUCUUAACAGCUUACCCUCUCCUGAACUUGCUUAUCAAUGAAGAAAACCGACAGCUGGUCACUGGCAGUGCUGAUGGUCAGCUGUGGAUCUUCAGUUUGAUGGAGACGUAUCACUACCACUGUGUGGCACAUGUAAACCUAAGGAAGAAAAAUGAGACUUUCUUCACCAGAAGAAUGACAGCUGGGCAGUGCAGCCUGCCAGAAGACAGUCACUACCACUCCGGACAUGAGGAAGAUAAGAGCGGAGAAGCUGAAGCAACAUUCCCUGUCCUGAGCCUGGCACACUGUGAUCUCUGCCUGCCAGGUUCCCCGUGUGGAGUUUUUUCUUCUGACUAUACCAAAUGCCUGUGGAUUGGAAGCUCAACAGCUUUAUUCAUACUAAACUUGGCAAGCUUUGAACUGGAGGCCACUUUACAUUUCAAGGAAUUUCAGAGCCUGAGUGUCCACAUUGCUGGGUCCUGUGCAGUGAUGAGGGAGGCCAUCAGCCCCAAGGCAUUUUGCAUACUUUCAUCUAUGUUUGGGAACAAGAUUGCCGUGUUGGAAAUCAACCUGGCUGCUCUGCUGAGCUCUCAGCAGUACCCUGGUACAGGAAGGACGCUUCAGGUGCUGGCAAGCGGCCAUGUCCUACCAACUUCUCCACUGUAUUUUGGAAUAAUUAAGAAAAAAAAUUCUAAGCCUGCUAAUACCAAACGGCAUGCCGUGAAGAGUGUCAUGGAGGACCGGCCCCUGGUUUUCCAUACUAAAAUUAGGUCAUCUGGCUAUACAUCAGCACCACAUGGAACUAUGUUUUCUCCAAAGACUAACAUCAAGCAUAAUAGUAAAAGAUCUUCAAAAUGCAAGAACAAUUACAAAUGUAGGGAGUACCCUUUGGAGAGUUUCCUACCCAGAAAUCUCAUCAGGCAAGUUGCUGUGGCCCAGGAGCCUGUGGCUGUGAGCUGUCUGCAGUUCUCAGGGGAUGGACAGCGGCUGGCUUGUGGCUUAGCUAACCAUCUGUCCCUGGUCUUCAAUGCCAGCCUUUCUGGAAUACCUGCUGCCUUUUCAGGUCAUGAUGGAGCUGUGAACACUGUCUGCUGGAGCCAUGACAUGAGGUGGCUGCUGUCUACAGGCCGAGACCAGACCCUGAGGGUGUGGUCAGCUCACAGGACAGAACUCGUGCUGCUUUUGGCUCCAGAGUCUUUGCCUAAGCCAGUAACAGCUGCACAGUUCUACUACCUGGAUUCUUUCAUACUGUUGUCUUCGGGCCCUGAAUUUUGUCUACUAAAGUACCACAUUGACCUCUGCAGGGAUGACAUACGAAGGUAUAAACCAAAAAGCAGGUAUAAGCCUAUUUUCAGGCUCGCAUUGACCGGUGGUGCGGACGUGAGCAGCCUGUCAGCAGUGAACGACUUUUAUUCCCACAUCAUCCUCACAGCUGGCCGGGACCGGACUGUGGAAGUUUUUGACCUGAAUGCCGGCUGCAGCGCUGCAGUGAUAGCUGAAGUCCAUUCACGGCCCGUCCACCAGAUUUGUCAAAAUAAAGGAUCAUCCUUUACCACCCAGCAGUCCCUAGCAUACAAUCUUUUCCUGACCACAGCUGUUGGUGAUGGGGUCCGACUGUGGGACUUGAGGACCCUGAGGUGUGUGCGCCGCUUUGAAGGGCAUCCAAACCGCUGUUAUCCUUGUGGAGUUGCUUUCAGCCCUUGUGGAAGGCUCAUGGCUUGUGGUGCAGAGGACAGACAUGCUUACGUGUAUGAAAUGGGUUCGAGCAGCUUUCUGUACCGCCUUGCAGGACACACAGAUACAAUUGCUGAAGUGGCCUUCAACCCAGCAGCUCCUCAGGUUGAAGAAUGUUUUAUAGCUCUGAAUAUUGUCUUUCUUGGUCAGUGUUCCGUGCAAGCUAGAGAACAAUGUGUGUCAUCCUGUGGUUACAUGAGGCCGCCUAUAAAUGUCAACUCUAUCUCGUUGAUUAAUGGCAUUAUUAGUUCAGCCAAGUCCUUACUGAUGCUCUGCCUGCUGGAUGUGCCCAUUUCUGGUAGUGUCAUGUUGAAGGGCCCAGCUAUAAUGCUUACUACAGCCACCUUGGAUGGGAAACUUCAGCUGUUUGUGGCUGAGUGACUGCUGACCUGCUGGUAAGAAUACAAGAAGAAAUGAGAGAUAGAAUUCAUGGCAUACCUAUUGAGGUGGACGGGGCAGUUUUCAUAGGAGACCCUUGCUGGAUUCUCAUUCUGUAGGACUCACUCCCACCUGAGAUUCCCUCCUCUUUGGAAAACCUUCGUAGGAAUAGUGGAGAUGGUAGUCCGUUUGUGCAGAGUAUUCUUCAAUAAAGAUGAGGAGUCUUAUUGAAGAACUCAGUGUCUGUUCCCUGAGUGUACCUUGAGGGGAGGUAGAGACGGAGAGGAGCAAGAGUAGGACACAAAGCCGCACUGACGCUAGUAGCUCAUCUUAUUCUCUACUCUGUAGCUUUUUGCUUAAUUCCUGCCACAGUAGCAGCCACACUUGAGGGUACAAGGUGCCAAGGCUACAGUGGCCCUAUGCUGUUCACCUUGAUGUCCUACAUUGGUCUCUCCAGGAUGAGCACAGCCGAGGGGCAGAAGACGGACAAGCCAUGUUCAGUCUAGUCUUCUCAGUCCCUGAUGAGAUGGUUCUUGUGAUUCCUUCUUGGUAUUUGAAAGAUAAAAUGAUUCAUAUUCUGGGGAAUAUGUCAUGGGUUUGCUCAACAUUGGCACAUCCAUGUGUUUGAAGACAUCAAAGCAAGAAUGUAGUCGUGGUCCCAAGCCUGGCCACAGAGGGAUUUGGCCCAGACCUUCUGGAAUAAGCAAUUUUGGUUCAUUUUUCCCUUUCCCUUGAAAGGCUUUCUUUGCAGAUGUGGGCUUCAUUCUUUUCACUAAGUUUAAAAAGACUGUGAAGUGCAUUCCAAGCCUGUUCUGGGAGGAGCUGGCCUUUCCUUCGUAUUGUGGCCAUUUUCUGAUGCAUGUGACAGGUGGCUGGAGGAGGAAAGAUAGUGUGCAUACAGGUAUAGGCACUUGUGGGUCGCAAGGGCACACAGACAACAAGAGACAGGCCCUCUAGAAGCUCAUUCCCAGCAUUAUGAUGAAACUGAACUAUUUGGAAAUUAAGCUUUUUGCCUGACCACAUUUUGACCCACAGAAAUGCCUUAUUUGACUGUUCUUAAAAAAAAAAAAGUGACCCUAAAAUGGUGUCUUCAUAACUUUUAUUCUUUUCUCUUUCAUUUUUAUUCCCUUUUUAUUACCAACCAUAGUUUAUCCAUAUUCUAAUCAGAAACAACUUGCUUUGGUUUGUUUCUUGUGUGUAACUUCCCUCCUUAUUCCUGACACUGCUGUGGCAUUGGCUUUUUGAUGCUCUGUGCUCUGAGCACCAGAGAGGCUGAGGAAGCUCCAUAUGACACAGAAGUUUUUCUUUUUGGUAGAAACCCUUCUCAGAUGAGCAGGUGGCAUUUUUCAGGGGCUGCUGAAGCUCAUAGUCCCUCAGGGUGUGAGGUCUCAAGUUAUCUCCGGCAUGUUUACAAGAGGGACUUCAGCACAGCAGCAACAGAGACUCCACUUCCCUCGUAGAUUAGUGUGCCCAAGAUUCGGCCCACCCCUAGCCAGUGAGAGCUUGAUUUUUCCGAGGGCCCACCACUUCAGACUGGUGUCAAGGAGCACUGCUCUUAUUUUCUCUAUUAGUACAAAAGAAGAGAUGCUGAUGAGUGUAAGUUCUGCACGAGCGGUGUUAAGAGAAAAUAAAAUGUAUUGAUGCAAAUUUAAAGUAUUGAUUUAGUGCCUACCCCAAACACUCAAGCACCAUUUCAGCCUUGAGUUAGGUGGUGCCACCCAUUUCUCAGCCUCCUUUCUUUAAACACCAGUAUAGUUUCGUGGAGGUAAUCUCAUGGUUUGAAUCUGAGUGUCGACAAGAUAGUGUUUUAAAUACUUGUCCCCAGGUGGAAGCACUAUUUGGGAGGAUUUGGAACCUUGGGAGAUAGGACUUGGCUCUUUGGUUACUAGGGUCGGUGUGCUGGCUAGGUUUUUUCAGCUUGACACAAGCUAGAGUUAUCCUAAAGGAGGAAACCACAAAAAAAAAAAAAAAAAAAAAAAAAAAAAAAGCUUCCAUUAGAUCCCAGCAAGCGUCCUUUUAUUUCUAUUAAGAAACAAUUAGGUUAGACUAAGAUCAGAAGGAAGGAGAGGAGUAGGGAGGGGCUUAUGGGGGGAUACAAAGUGAAUAAAGUGUAAUUAAUAAAAUUAAAUCAAAUUAAAAAAAAUAAAAAAGAAACAAUUAGGAAAGUGCCCCUACAAAAUGCAGGUGUCUUUUUUUUUUUUUUUUUUUGCAUGCAGCACCAUGCCUAGCCUG